GAAGCUGCAGCGGGAACGACCGGCGAGAAGCACCGACUAGGAGCCAGACACGGAACAGGUCUCGUACCCUCGGGCUGUAACCGUGAAAACCGGCGGAGGGGCCACCGGAGAGCCUCCGAGACAGACUCGGUGAAGCUCGGGAGUUUUCGGUUUUAAAUUUUGUUGGUGUUUUUUUUUUUUUUGCACAGAGACCGCGGCGCAUCUCGUCUCCUUGAAGUGUUCCUUUUUAGGCAGUCUCUCUCUCACUCUCUCUCUUUUUUGCUCUCUCGCUCUCUCUCUCUCCGUCGGACGGAGCCAGGGUGCACGCGCGAGGUGGCUGGUGGUGCUAACGAGCGUUACUUUUGAACACAGCCCCCCUCGCCAUGGAGCUAUUCGCCCGGCCCCGGAGCCGAUACCUGCCGGGAAGAAAGUGUGAGCACGCAGCCGAGCCCCGGCCGUCUUUGUGAGACCCUCAUAGUUUUCUGUUGGGGAAAAAAAAGGAGAAGAAGAAGAAAAAAGAAAAAAGGUAGAAAAGAGAGGAGCGGGGGAGCUCCUGGUUGUUGAUCCGAGAUUCACACCCCAUGCCCGGAUCCAUAUUUCGGCGCUGCGACCCCACAAUGAGAUGACGACCGGCGGUGCUUCUCCGUGAGCUGCUGACCGCCGCCGCUCCGCCACGAUCGCCCGCGAGGCUCCCAACAUGGCCCCCGCGCUCCACUGCCUCUCGCUGCUCCUCCUCUGCUUCCACUGUUCACAAGAGUUCAGCCGGGCGGCCCUGCCUUUCGGCCUGGUCCGGAGGGAGCUCUCCUGCGAAGGAUACGCCAUUGAUCUCCGCUGCCCGGGCAGUGAUGUCAUCAUGAUCGAGACGUCCAACUACGGCCGGACCGACGACAAGAUCUGCGACGCCGACCCGUUCCAGAUGGAGAACGUCAACUGCUAUCUGCCCGACGCCUACAAGAUCAUAUCGCAAAGGUGCAACAACCGUACGCAGUGUGUGGUUGUCACUGGCUCUGAUGUCUUUCCCGACCCAUGCCCUGGCACCUACAAGUACUUAGAGGUCCAGUAUGAGUGUGUUCCCUAUAAAGUGGAGCAAAAAGUUUUCAUUUGUCCCGGGACCCUGAAGGGCGUGGGCGCCGCCACCUUCCUGUUCGAGGCGGAGCAGCAGGCGGGGUCGUGGUGCAAAGACCCGCUGCAGGCCGGGGACAAAGUCUUCUUCAUGCCCUGGACGCCGUACCGCACCGACACCCUCAUCGAGUACGCCUCGCUGGAGGACUUCCAAAGCGGCCGCCAGACCACCAGCUACAAGCUGCCGCACCGCGUCGACGGCACGGGCUUCGUGGCGUACGACGGCGCCGUCUUCUUCAACAAGGAGCGCACGCGCAACAUCGUCAAGUUCGACCUGCGCACGCGCAUCAAGAGCGGCGAGGCCAUCGUCAACAACGCCAACUACCACGACACCUCGCCGUACCGCUGGGGCGGCAAGACGGACAUCGACCUGGCGGUGGACGAGCGGGGCCUGUGGGUGAUCUACGCCACGGAGCAGAACAACGGGCGCAUGGUGCUGAGCCAGCUCAACCCGUACACGCUGCGCUUCGAGGCCACGUGGGACACGGCGUACGACAAGCGCUCGGCCUCCAACGCCUUCAUGGCGUGCGGCGUGCUCCACGUGGUGCGCUCCACCUACGAGGAGAGCGAGAGCGAGGCGGGCCGCAGCCAGAUCGACUACGUCUACAACACCAAGCUGAGCCGGGGCGAGUACACCGACAUGCUCUUCCCCAACCAGUACCAGUACAUCACGGCUGUGGAUUACAACCCGCGGGACAACCAGCUGUACGUGUGGAAUAACUACAACGUCCUGCGCUACGACCUGGACUUCGGGCCGCCGGAUCCCGCCAAAGCGCCGACCGGCGAGGGCUUCUCGGCCUCGCCGCCGGCGCCCAGGACCACGGCGUUCGUCGCCGCCACGGCCGCGUCCACCGCCAAGGGGCAGGGGGACUCCACGGCGGCGGGGGCGGACCCGCGCGACGGGAGGGACCCGUUUGAGGAGAGCGGGGGCCCGGCGACGGCGGAGCCCACCGCCGCCGAGCCGCCGCCGCCCACGCGCUUCUGCGAGGAGACCCGGAGAAGAGCCAUCGACUGGCCCCAGACCCGCACGGGGAGCAGCGUGGAGAGGCCCUGCCCCAAAGGGACCCGAGGCAUCGCCUCCUUCCUCUGCGCCGCGGCCGGGAGCUGGCUCGCCAAAGGCCCGGACCUCAGCAACUGCACCUCCCACUGGGUGACACAAGUGGCACAAAAGAUCCGAAGUGGCGAAAAUGCGGCUAAUUUGGCCAACGAGCUGGCCCGCCACACGCAGGGCCCGGUGUUCGCCGGAGACGUGAGCUCCUCGGUGCGCCUCAUGGAGCAGCUGGUGGACAUCCUGGACGCUCAGCUGCAGGAGCUGCGGCCCAGCGAGAAGGACUCGGCCGGACGCAGCUUCAACAAGCUUCAAAAAAGAGAGAAGACAUGCAGGGCGUACAUGAAGGCGAUCGUGGACACUGUCGACAACCUCCUGAGGCCGGAGGCGCUGAACUCCUGGAAGGACAUGAACUCCACGGAGCAGACGCACGCCGCCACCAUGCUGCUGGACACGCUGGAGGAAGGGGCCUUCGUCCUCGCGGAAAACCUGAUCGAGCCGGCCAUCGUGAAAGUGCCCGCAGAGAACAUCAUGUUGGAUGUGUACGUGUUGAGCACCGACGGGCAGGUGCAAGACUUCCGGUUCCCCCAGACGAAUAAAGGCGGAGCGUCCCUCCGGCUUUCCUCCAACACGGUCAAAGUCAACAGCAAGAAUGGUGUCGCCAAGCUGGUGUUCGUGCUCUACAAACACCUGGGUCAGUUCCUCAGCACGGAGAACGCCUCGCUGAGGUGGCCGGGCGACCCGAGCAAACACAACCUCUCCCUCACCGUCAACUCCCACAUCCUGUCGGCCUCCAUCACCAAGGAGUCCAGCCGGGUGUUCGUGGCCGACCCCGUCAUCUUCACGCUGGAGCACCUGGAUAAGGAGCACUACUACAAUCCAAACUGCUCCUUCUGGAACUACUCUGAGCGGAGCAUGAUGGGGUUCUGGUCCACUCAGGGCUGCAAGCUGCUGGACACCAACAAGAGCCACACCACGUGCUCCUGCAGUCACCUGACCAACUUCGCCAUCCUCAUGGCCCACCGGGGAAACGUGGGGGCGGGCAGCGUCCACGAGCUCCUCCUCACCGUCAUCACGCGGAUGGGCAUCGCCGUGUCCCUCGUCUGCCUCGCCAUCAGCCUCUUCACCUUCUGCUUCUUCAGGGGGCUGCAAAGCGACCGCAACACCAUCCACAAGAACCUCUGCCUCAACCUCUUCAUCGGCGAGCUCGUCUACCUCGUGGGCAUCAACAUGACGGAACCAAAGCUGGUGUGCUCCAUCAUCGCCGGCGUUCUCCACUUCUGCUUCCUGGCGGCGUUCGCCUGGAUGUGCCUGGAGGCCGUGCAGCUGUACCUCAUGCUGGUGGAGGUGUUCGAGAGCGAGUUCUCGCGCAGGAAGUACUACUACGUCUCCGGGUACCUCAUCCCGGCGGCGGUGGUGGGCAUCUCGGCCGCCAUCGACUACCGGAGCUACGGCACGCAGCGGGCAUGCUGGCUGAGGGUGGAUAACCAUUUCAUCUGGAGCUUCAUCGGACCUGUAACCUUCAUAAUUGUUGUCAAUGUCAUCUUCCUGCUGGUGACCAUGUUCAAGAUGGUGAAGCACUCCACCUCCAUGAAACCCGACUCGUCCAGGCUGGGGGGGAUCAGGUCGUGGGUGUCGGGGGCCUUCGUCCUCCUGUGUCUGCUGGCGCUCACGUGGACCUUCGGCUUGUUCUUCCUCAACGAGUCCUCCGUCGUGAUGGCGUACCUCUUCACCGUCUUCAACACUCUGCAGGGGAUGUUCAUCUUCAUCUUCCACUGCCUCCUCCAGAAGAAGGUCCGCAAGGAGUACAGCAAAUGUUUCCGUCAGUCCCGGUGCUGCGGCGCGCUGCCGUCGGAGGGGCCGCACCACGGCGCCGCCAAGACGGCCACGUCGCGCUCCACGGCCCGCUACUCGUCUGCUACCCAGAGCCGCAUCAGGCGGAUGUGGAACGACACGGUGAGGAAGCAGUCGGAGUCGUCCUUCAUCUCGGGAGACAUCAACAGCACCGCCACGCUCAACCAGGGGAUGACUGGCAACUACCUCCUAACUAACCCCCUCCUCCGAACCCACGACACUAACCCUUAUAACAACCUCCUGGCAGAAACGGUGGUGUGCAACACCCCCUCUCCACCCGCCUUUCACUCCCCAGGACAGCACUCUCUGAGCCGCGGCCGGGACCUCAGCGCCAUGGACACCCUCCCCCUCAAUGGCAAUUUCAACAACAGCUACUCCCUGCGCGACGACGCCUAUGAGAGCGUGGCGGCGCGCGGCCCCGCCGGCGAGCACCUGGGCGGCCUCCGCCUGGACGACGUCGCCUUCGAGAAGAUGAUCAUCUCCGAGAUCGUCCACAACAACCUGCGGCCCCGCGGGGGGGCCCCCAGAGGCCGCGACCACCAGAGGGAGCCGGAGCGGGCCGGCGCACCGCCGCCGCACGCCAGAGUGACCGCGGUCGGGGGCGUGGCCGGCGGCGGGGGCGGCGGGAGCGGCAGCGAGGACGACGGCGUCGCCGGGGUGGCGGCGGCGGAUCGCGUCGCCGCCGCCGCCACGCCCCUCAGGAGAGGAGGAGGCCACGCCACCUUGGAGCUGCUCCUGCAGCCCCACCACAAGGAGGUGCUGGAGGCCCCCCUGCUGCCCCAGAGGACUCACUCCCUGCUCUACAGCACCCAGAAGGCCCCCCGGCGCCUGGAGGGGCCCGGCGGCCACGCCUCCGAGGCUGUCGCCGCCGCGGAGGACACGGGCUCCCCGUCGCCUGGCAACAACAACGACAACAACAGAGACUCCCUGUACACGAGCAUGCCCAACUUGAGGGACUCGCCCUCGGCUUCGCCGUACACCCCGGAGGAGGAGGAGGAGGACGGGGAGGAGGAAGGGGAGGAGGAAGGGGAGGGGGAGGAGCUCUCCUCCUCGCCUCGGAGCGAGAGCGAGGACGCGUAUCACAAGAGCAUGCCGGAGCUCGGCGACGCGCCGCAGCCGCUGUCCUACUACCACAUCAACCGAGGCACGAGCGACGGCUGCAUCGUCCCGCCGCCCAACAGCGAACAGGAAGGGGAGGGGCCGAGCGACGGACAGAUGCAGCUCAUCACCAGCCUCUGAGCCGCCUCCCCCCCUCUCCCACCCCCCGCCCCUUUUUUUCUUUGCACAGGUUUUCAACAGAUGGCUGCUUUUAUCGGUCGAUGUCAAGAGAGCCGGCGAAUCGUCUGGCUCUCCGCGUGCCCCCCCCCCUCUCUCCCCCUCCCCACUUCCUGUUAGGACAGGAAGUGAAAUGUCGUUGGGUGGGGGGGGAAAAAAAGAUGGAAGAAAAGACUAGUUUUGCACACAGAACGUGGACUGUGAAAGAGGAAGGAGGAGAGGAGGACUCACACGGGAGGCACGGCUCUUCUGGUGUGCCGUCGAGGAAAUAAGGGAUGAAAACAAUAAUAAUAAUAAUAAUGACUUUGAGCAAAGGAACUUUGAACCUCCGGACAUAUUCGUGGGGGGGUCUUUGCAGAACCAGGGUCUUUUUAGUCAUGAAAUCCAGAAGUAGAACUGGUGUGUGGCUCGGUCGGGACUGUAGAGUUUAAGAAACCACUAAUUCAGACUCAGGCCUUAUAUUUUCUCUAUUGCACAUUUAACUGUUGUCAAAGUAACAGCUAAAGAAGAUAUAUUUUGCUGUACCACUAGUGUAAAAAUGAAGAAGAGGAAGAAGAAGAGGAAGAAAAAAAACCUGAAAGAAGAACAAGCAUCAGUAGUUAUUGUUAAUAGGAUUCUUCAGACCCAUCAACAUGGUGGAACCGUUUCCCUCUCACACUCGACUCGUUGUAUUAUGUUUAAAUAUGAGAAGAAGAAAAAAAACACCCCAAAAAAUCGUCAAGAGAUUCCAUCUGAAAUCACGCUCAUGUCUCUGCUUGUGAAGUGCUUCUUGCUUUCAUGAAUGAUGAUUUUUUCUUUUUAUUAUGAUUUUUUUUGUUGCCAUCAGUAUAUUCGUUAACACCUCCUUUUGGCCACGCACACAGAUUUGGAGUAAAUUUGGAAACUCGUGUAAUUUAUUCGACUUGAAAAGGAAUUGUCAAGUUUUUUUUAGAAGACUUAUGUUCACGACCGAUGCGAUAUUGCGGAUUUUUGCGGACAUAUUUCAUCCUUUUGACACUAAUUAAUUUAUUAACUGAACGAUUCAAGAGGAAAAAGGAAGAAGUAAAAGAACAUGGUUGGAAAGUGUGAACAGUUGUUGCAGCACUGAUUAGGUUUCAUUUUAUUUCUUUUGUAAGAGUCCAUCAUCAGCUGGUAUUUAAUUCAACUCCUGUUUGAUAUCAAAUAAAUGUGAAAUUCUUUUCUUGUU